GAGGGCAGUGAGUUGCGGCGCUCGAUGGUGCUGCUGAAGUUUUCAAGAUGUCGUCGCUGGAGCAGAGACUCUCCCGAAUCGAGGAGAAACUCAAGCAGGAAAAUAAAGAAGCGCGCAAACGAAUCGACCUGAACAUCGACAUGAGCCCGCAGCGGUCGCGUCCCAGGCCAAUCAUCGUGAUCCAGCUCAGUCCAGCUCCAGCCCCCUCCCAGCGCGCAGCUCUACAGUUACCAUUGGCCAACGAUGGAGGAAGUCGCUCGUCUUCCUCAGAAAGCUCUCCUCAACACCCCUCGUACCCUAGCAGACCCCGACAAAUGCUUACGCUUCCCACCCCACCUUACAGCCUGCCGAAGAGCCUGGAGAAUGCUGAAAUUGAUCAGAAGCUGCAGGAAAUCAUGAAACAAACAGGAUAUCUGAAGAUUGACGGACAGCGUUACCCUGCAGAGGUGACGGAUCUGAUCAGUGAGGGGGAGAUCGGCAGUGGAACCUGUGGACAGGUGUUUAAAGUUCGCUUUAAGAAGACUGGCCAUGUCAUCGCAGUCAAGCAAAUGAGGAGGACGGGUAAUAAAGACGAGAAUAAGAGAAUCCUCAUGGAUCUGGAUGUUGUGUUGAAGAGUCAUGACUGUCCGUACAUCAUUCAGUGCUAUGGAGCAAUUGUCACCAAUACGGAUGUGUUCAUCGCCAUGGAACUAAUGGGGACGUGUGCAGAGAAGCUGAAGAAGCGGAUCCAGGGGCCCAUUCCAGAGGCCAUUCUGGGAAAGAUGACCGUGGCCAUCGUAAAGGCUCUGCUUUAUCUAAAAGAGAAACAUGGUGUCAUUCACCGAGACGUGAAGCCAUCUAAUAUCCUGUUGGAUGCCAAAGGUCAGAUCAAACUGUGUGAUUUUGGCAUUAGCGGCCGACUGGUAGAUUCUAAGGCCAAGACUCGCAGCGCCGGCUGUGCUGCCUACAUGGCGCCUGAGAGAAUAGACCCUCCAGACCCCAGUAAGCCAGACUAUGACAUCAGAGCUGACGUCUGGAGUCUUGGCAUUUCUCUGGUGGAGCUAGCCACGGGACAGUUUCCUUACAAGAACUGCAAGACAGACUUUGAGGUCCUCACCAAAGUUCUGCAAGAGGACCCGCCGGUCCUUCCUCUCGGCAUGGGCUUUUCCCCUGACUUUCAGUCCUUUGUCAAAGACUGCCUCACAAAGGAUCACAGAAAAAGGCCAAAAUACCACAAGCUGCUUGAACACAGUUUUAUCCGUCGUUAUGAGGUGUCAGAAGUAGACGUGGCGGGCUGGUUCCAGACGGUGAUGGAGCGCACAGAGUCUCCUCGCAGCAGCCAGUGCUUCAGCCAUCACCAGCUCCACUCUCUCUUCAGCAGGUAGCCAGACGGAGAACGAGAGAAACGGAGGGAUGCCGGGAGAGAAAGAAUGAUGCUAUUGUGAAAGGUUGAUUUAGAGACACAGAUGGACAGGUUUGAAAUAUAAAUUAUGUAAACGAGAGAGACAGGAUGGAGUGGAAAUGGACUGUUUGAGCGAUGGCUGAAACAAAAGAGAGAAUGUUCAUUUGGGAGUUUGACUGAUCGACAGACAAUCCUGGGCAGGUUUGAUAUAAAUCUGAAAUAUUUUUGUCCUUCUCAUCCACCCAUCGAACAGGAUGGACCAUUACAGGUUGCAGUCUUAACACGGUCACUGUGACACACGCGCACAUGCACAUUUACAGUAAUGCACUGUUUCACCAAACCACGAUCACUGACCGCCGUAUAAAGGUUAGCCACAAGAGUAAGCGUACAGUCCGUUCACUUCAAAAUCCAAAUCCACAUGUCAUAAAGUCCUCCGUAGCCCCUUACUCAGGGACUGAACAGAGUAGUCGAACAACACUGUGCAAUGGUGUGUGAGUGUGUGUGUGUGUGUGUGUGUGUUAUCCGUUUAUCAGUCCUAGCUCUUCACUUUCUUGUACGGUUUAAGCAAUUAGUGAGAUAAUAGCAGUGUGAUAUAUCAAAAACUAUGUUUUAUAGAAGUGUUCUUUUGCUAGCAAGCAUCAGCAGAUAUUUCAGUAAUUGUAACGUGUACUUAAAGAGUUAGUGAUUCUUAGUCGUAGAGCUUCUAAUCGUUGGUGUUUAGAUUGUUAUAACUAGUUUGGUCUGGAAUUUCAUGUAUUGAAGUAGAUGUAUUGGCUAAGAGAGAAGGUUGUAUAUUAAGAUAAAACUAGUGGUUGACCGAUAAGAUGAAGUGUGUAUCCCAAUUUAAUAUGCAGAGACAACUAUAAAUGACCAAUUUUUGUUUGUCUGAAAAACCUGACUCAGCGACAUUGGUUAAACCAAUGGUGUAAAUCUGCUUUGACUAAUGGCAGAUGGGGGAAAUGUUCAGGAAAACCUGUGUGAAAAUAUUAUAACAUUUUAAGUGUCAUCGGUAUUUGUGUAAUUCCGUUACGCUAGUCAUUCAGAAAUUACACACUUCACUUUCAUUGACCGAUGACGAUAUCUUGAAACAAUUCUGUUCAUCGGCCAAUUAAUCUCAAAAUGGCCAAAUAUUGGAUUAUGUAUCGGUCUAUCACUAGAUAAAACACAAAAAAAUUAGCCCAGAAUGUGUAAAGUUGUAUACAGUGCACACCUCAGGAAGACAAGUGUUAGAAAUGGGUAUUUUAACAAGAUUUAGCUGUGUUUCAGUCUUAGAGUGCGAGGAAGACACCGCAAUCAAGUCACCAAAAGCAUAAGAUGAGAGAUGUUGUCAUAGUCACUCAGAGUGGUGUUGAGAGACAAGCGGGUUUGUGCAGCGAGAGCGGUUCAUUUCGAGCGUUUCCUCCACAAGAACAAAAAAACAUUUCUGCUCUGAUUCACCCGACUCAUCAACCCAGACAACCGUUCUUCAUUUCAUUCUCUUCACUGUUCUCGUUUUCCCAUGAGCAUUUGAGUUCCCGCAAAACCAAAGCUUGUUUUUUUUUUUUGACACGGCACUGCUUUUUUUUUUCUUUCUGCCAAGCUGUUGUUCUCAGAGGAUUUCAGCACCUGCUCGUGGGUCGUGCCUGAAGAUGUUCAGCGACUUUCACAACCAAAGCUGUAGAGUUUGAGAGUCACUGCUUUAAAAAGCCAAAUCACUGCUAGACUGAGUGAGAAAGCGUGCGAGAAGAAAGAAAAUAUGACUAAACGAAUCAGCAGAGAGAUUUAGAUGGUAACGGUACGUUGAGACAGGAAGUAUGGUGUUAUAUAAGGGACUGAAGAAAGAGUAAUGAACGUAGCAGAGGAAAAUAGGAGGAAGGCAUAAAGAAAGUAUUAAAGAAAGUCUCCGGUGAAGUCUUACAGAAAGUAUCAGCUGAUUUUUAGAGACGGUAACAGGUGUUGGUUGUUUUCUAGAUUGCUAGCUGGACGUUGCAUAAAAGCUUUCAAUUGUUUUGAACCAAUGGUUAAUUAGUUUGUGUUGUUUUGCAUCGUACUGUUUUUCAUUAUCCUUGAAACUUUGUUUGCUAUUAUUAUUACUAUUAUUAUAUUUAUUUAUUAUCUUACUUGCUGCUAAUGUUUACUUUAGAUGCUGCUGUCAAUGAUCAUAUUCCCCAAAGGAAAAUCUUCUUUUUUUCUUUUUUUUCUGAACCAAAUGCAUAAAACACUGCAAUGUCUACACAUUUACCAAAUACGAAAAUAAUUACCUGUAAAAUGCAUGAUGUGAUCCUUUAAGAGGAAAAGAGAAAGCAAGCCAGGAAGUGAAGUAAAUAUAUAGACCUAUAUCUAUAUUUAUAUCAGCAUAGUUU